AUGGAAAACCUCGGCCCGCCGCUGCCGAAUCCGGAAGAAUACAACGCGAACGUCAAGCUUUAUGCCGACGCGAUCGAGCAGUUGGCCUACGACCGUGGGCACCAUACGCUUCGCUUCGGUGAUGCGGUGGCGAACUAUAAGCCCAAGACGAACAGCGAGCCGAAGCAUUUGACCGACAAUGGCAUGCACCUGACCGAAUUCGGUUAUUGGUACGUCGCCCCGACGAUGGUAUCGAGCUUGCAGAGUACAUCGCUACAGCCGCCACUAAAAGCGACAUCGGGCGAUCCGCUCAACGCGUUGAAAACCGUCGCCAUUCCCCUGCCCUAUGCGGCUUCUCCCAAGGGUCCGGCUCCCAAAUCUAUCGCGUGCCAGCUGCCGACGCUGCAAGAGGGAAGCUACACGCUGAAGCUGUCGGACGCAUCCAAGGUGACUGCGUCUGCUGAAGCAUGGAAAAAGGGCGUCGAUAUUCCGGCUCAAGAUUUGUACGCCAAGACAGAAGCCCUUCGCCAAACGAUCUUGCGGAAGAAUCAGCUCUUCUUCGAUCGCUUCCGACCGCAGAACGAAACGUAUCUCUACUUGUUCCGUAAGCAUGAACAGGGAAACAACGCGGUCGAAAUUCCGCAAUUCGAUCCGCUGAUCGAAGCGCAGGACAACAAGAUAUUGGAACUCAAACAAUCGGUUCAAAUAAGCCUACCUAUGUUUCGUUCUGCUUUUUCCCUGCUUCUGCUGUUUCUCGCCCCUGCGGCGGUGGCAUUUGCCCAGCGUGAUCUGAAAGUCAUUCCUGAUACCGAUCCGGCCGAAGAACUGCGAUCGUUCACCGUCGCCGAUGGCUUCGAGGUCAACCUGUUUGCUUCGGAACCGAUGAUUGCCAGCCCGAUUCAGAUUAACUUCGACGCCCAAGGCCGCUUAUGGGUCGCCUCGAGUUCGGUCUAUCCACAGAUCGAGCCUGGCCAGGUCGCCGACGACAAGAUCUUGAUGUUGGAAGACACCAACGGAGAUGGCACCGCCGACAAGUC